UUCAACUUGAGUUUCUCAACUACUAUCAUCAUCUAUCUAUUUUUAUUAAUAUAUAUAUAUAUAUGCUUUAUCUUUAGUUCAUGCACUCUUAAAUUCUAAUACCUUAAGCCACUUCUCUUAUCUUUAAUAUUGAGUUUUGCUUCAUACAACUCUUUUGUCUUUGAGCUUGAACAAUAUUUUUGGAUUUAUUUGGUUAACAUGGAUUGUUCAUCAUAUAUCAACACUUCUUUGGAUCUCAACAUUAUUCCCUAUAGAGCUCAUGAAGAAGUUCCAAAGAAGGAGGUGGAAAGCAACUUUUUCUCCUUGGGGAUGACCAACUUUUCUGUGAAAAAUGAGUCUAUUGAUGAAUUGGAGGAGGAACUAAAAAGGGUAACCUUAGAAAACAAGAAAUUGGUGGAAAUGCUCUCAGUGGUUUGUGAGAAUUACAACACUUUGAGAAGUCAUUUGAUGGAAUAUAUGAAGAGAAAUCCUGAGAAAGAAGUUAGCACAUCAUCAAAGAAAAGGAAAUCUGAAAGCAGCAAUAAUAACAAUAGUAAUUUGAUUGGAAUUAACAAUGGAAAUUCCGAGAGUAGCUCUACCGAUGAAGAAUCGUGCAAGAAACCAAGGGAAGAAGAAAAUAUUAAAGCCAAAAUUUCAAGAGCUUAUGUUAGGACUGAAGUUUCUGAUACAGGCCUUAUUGUGAAGGAUGGAUACCAUUGGAGGAAAUAUGGACAAAAAGUGACCAGAGAUAACCCUUGUCCAAGAGCUUAUUUCAAAUGCUCUUUUGCUCCAAGCUGCCCUGUCAAAAAGAAGGUGCAAAGAAGUGUGGAUGAUCAAUCUAUGCUUGUUGCUACUUAUGAAGGGGAGCACAAUCAUCCUCAACCUCCUCAAAUUGAGUCAACAUCAGGUUCUGGUCGUAGCGUGAACCACAGUUCGGUACCUUGUUCGGCGUCACUCACCUCACCAGCAGCACCAAAAGUGGUUACACUAGACUCAACAACUUCUAAGAAUAGUAAAGAUUCCAAAAGUAUUGAACCAAGAAAAGAUUCACCUAAGGAGGCUAAGGUACCAAAGAAUUUGGUGGAACAAAUGGCUACUUCAUUGACAACUGAUCCAAAUUUUAGAGCAGCACUUGUUGCAGCCAUUUCAGGAAGAUUGGUGCACAAUAAUUAAGAGGAGAUUUCAUGAAUUUUUUAGCUUACUUAAUUUCAACCAUUAAGUAUAUUCCAUAAAAUGGAUCAAUUUUUUCUUUAGAGCAAUAGGAUCUCUAUGUAAAUACAUAGAAGAUUGAGAUAUAUUUGUAUCAAUUUGAUCAUUUUUUGGGCCAAAGUAAUCUAGGAUAUAUACCUCAAAUCAAAUUCCAAAUUGUUAUUGCAAAAAUUCUAUGGAUGAAAAAAAAAUUAUCAUUUCUCAAUAUAUACAGUA